AUGACUACAUUGCCAGCUUCAGGAGAAAAGCCAGCACCUAAGGUGGUUGAUACCGCUAACGGCUUUAAGUUCCCUUCAGAUUUUUAUGGUCUUCCUAAAACAGACCAUUCACGUUGGAGAUUGAAAGUUGAUGCUUUAGGCCGUCAGAACUGGGUAUACAACCGCGAUGAAAACCAUCUUGAGCGCGAUCCGCCUUCUAAUUACACCAAAUAUCAAUUGGAACUAAACUCUUUUGACCCUCCUACAUUUCCUAAAGCAAAGACUCCAUAUGAUGCAGCUAAAAAUGCAUUUUCUUUUUUAUCCCAUAUUCAGGAGGAAGACAGUGGCACGUUCCCGUGUCAGUACUCCGGUCCAAUGUUCAUGCUUAUUGGCUAUGUGGUUGCUAAAUAUUAUGCUGGAGUCCCAUUUUCUGAGGAAGAACGAAUUGAAAUCAUUCGAUAUCUUAUCAAUCGUGCCCAUCCUGUUGACGGUGGCUGGGGUCUUCAUACUUAUGAUAAGAGUACUGUUUUUGGAACCUCCAUUAACUACAUCAUUUUACGCAUUUUAGGACUGGACCGUGAUCAUCCAGCUAUUGUUAAGGCACGUACCAAGCUUCAUUCUCUCGGUGAUGCCCGUGGUAACCCUCACUGGGGCAAAAUGUACCUGGCUCUACUUAAUUUAUAUGACUGGGAGGGUGUUAACCCAGCACCUCCGGAGCUCUGGAUGCUUCCAUACAGCGCACCAAUUCACCCUGGCCGUUGGUGGGUUCACACAAGAGCCAUUUACCUCCCAAUGGGCUAUCUUUCUGCAAAGCGCAAACGUAUGGAACUUAAUACUCUUUUGACUGAGCUUAGAGAAGAAAUUUACAAGGUCCCUUACGACACAAUUGAUUUUUCCAAGCUUCGAAAUUACGUCAAUGGUGUUGAUCUCUAUUACCCACACUCUAAGAUUCUCAACAUUGCUAAUGAGUGUCUUGUGUUUUAUGAAAAAUACCUUCGCCCAGAUUGGCUUCUUAAAAAGUCAUGCGAUUAUGCUUUUGAACUUGUUAUGAAGGAUCUUCAGAAUACUGACUACCUGGCAAUUGCCCCUGUCAGUAAUGCACUCAACUCCAUUGUGGUUUUCGAAGAAAAGGGAAUAGACUCGCCGGAGUUUAAACGCUUUAUUUAUCGCUGGCCCGACUUUUUAUACAUGACACCAGAUGGUUUAAUGAUGAUUGGUACCAAUGGUGUUCAAGUAUGGGAUGUAGCUUUUGUUCUUCAAUACGCCAUUUUGGUGGGUCUGGGAGAACUUCCAGAGUUCAGAGAUACCAUUAUUCGAUCAUAUCGAUUUUUAACUCGCUCUCAAUUUGUCGAAGAGUGUGUUCCCGGAAGUUUCCGCGACAAGAGAGUUGGUGGAUUUCCCUUUUCUACCCAAACCCAAGGGUUCACUGUCAGUGAUUGUACUGCUGAAGCUGUUAAAGCUAUCAUAAUGGUCCAAAAUCUUCCUGGGUUUGAAUUUCUCAGGGACGAGUUUCCAGAGGAAAGAUUGAAUAAGGCCGUUGAUAUUCUGCUAGGAUUGCAAAACAGAGGCAGCUUUCAUUUUGGAUCAUUUGCUUCUUAUGAAAAAAUUAAAGCCACUACUAAGAUGGAAUUGCUGAAUCCAGCUGAAGUUUUUGGAAACAUUAUGGUUGAAUUUCCUUAUGUCGAGUGCACAGACUCUUCUGUACUUGGUCUCUACUAUUUCCGCAAAUAUUUCAACUACCGUGCUAAAGAAAUCGACCAAGCUAUUUCUGAUGCCUUAGACUACAUUGUCAAAAGUCAGGAUAUUGAUGGUAGCUGGUAUGGCUCAUGGGGUGUGUGCUAUACCUACGCUGGAAUGUUUGCCAUUGAAGCCCUUGAAACAGCUGGAUAUUUUUAUGAAAACCAUGAAGCAGUUCGAAAGGGAUGUGACUUCAUCGUCCAGCGACAAGAACUUGACGGUGGAUGGGCUGAAAACAUUCGGUCCAAUGAGAUUUUUACCUAUGUUAGGCACACGUCAAGCCAGCCUGUUCAGACAGCAUGGGCUCUCAUUAUGCUCAUACUAGCCCGCUAUCCCGAUAAGGAAGUCAUUAAGCGAGGUGUUAAGUUUCUUAUGUUGAAGCAAAACUCAGAUGGCUCCUUCAGCUACAAUCAUGUAGAAGGUGUUUUCAAUCAUUCUUGUGCCAUUGAAUAUCCUACAUAUAAGUUUUCAUUUACAAUGAAGGCAAUGGGUCUUUACGCUAAAUACUACGGCAAUGAAGAACUCUUGUAA